AUGGCCUCAGAUUCGGCAGUACAUCCAGAAUCCAGACGGCUGUUUCGUCCCGUCUACAACCUCGCGGGCGAGCCAUGCUACAAAUGGGACAAACCCCGGGGUCCGUUAAGCCCAGUGCCUCGAAUAGCCGAUCGAUCAUCAAUUACCCCGCCGCGCCAAAGAAGCACUUCAGACUCGGAAAGUCUGCAACCCUCCGGAUAUGCUAUUCAAUUUGCCCACGGACAGGGCAAUACAGGUCGCCAUGACCAUGCAACACAGCAACAGCAAGGCCUUUCUGGUUUUGGGUUGCGCUCUCCUUCCCAGCAUCAACUGUCGGGACCAAGACAGAAAGAUGUCCCGAGUCAUUCCCGGGCAACCAAUAAUCUUCGGCAGAGCAGAGUUAAUGCAUACAGUACUCAGCGGGGUGAUCCUCCUGAAUGGAAUUCGUCCAAGUUUCUGGAAAGUAUGAGCCGAGAGCCAACAGCGGCCUGUAGGACGGGUCAAACCAGUGUUUCCGAUAACAGUGAAGCCACUGCCUCAUCCUGGAGUGGCACAUCAAGCCCAAGAUCCAUCGCAGUAGACCUGCAGGGAUUCGGCCUCGGAGACCACGCAUCAUCUCGAUUGAUACUUCCUCACGGCAUCAGCUGUCGGAGCCACCGCCACGACCCAAUCCUGGGCGAUGUCCAACGGAACCAUGACACGUCGGUCCGGUUGUCUGUUGAGCCCUCAUAUGUCAUUCCCGCGAGCACAGGCGAGGAUGAGACAUUGGAUCCCCGUUACAAGAGACAGAGUGAUCCGAAGCGGUUUUUCCGAGUUGGCAGGGUCUUCGCAAUGCUUUGGCACGAAAACGCUGGUUUACAUGGCACAAUUCUCAGCCAGCGAGGCCCACCACUGGGGCCGCAUUUUACCAGGGGUAAAUACCAAGAACCGAUCUAUAGCAGCAUCCGGCGCAUGGUAGUGGUCAAGGAACAGAAGGGAUGUUCCUGGUGCGUGCCCGUCACCACGUACAGUGGACAGGGUGUGGCGAAGGCCGGCGUGGAUCGCGGCAAACAUGCCGUUAUUUACAUGCAAGGUAACCGGCCUGCGGUCAAUCCAGGCGAGCCGCGGAUGAUCAAGGAGCCUCUCGAAGUGGAACCCGCACGGCCGGACCAGAGGCUGGAUCCGAUGUCCCGGUUGAACUUCGGUAAGGUCUAUACGGUCGAGCACAACGUGAAAGUUCUUCCAGUAGGGAAGAUCGCAGAGGAGUCUAUGGCGAGGUUCAUCGCGUAUGCGCGGGCCGAAUUUACGCGAUGA